AUGUACGAAUAUCAAUCUGACGUGUUUAUUUCUGGUUCAGGAAUUUCUGGCUUAUAUGCCGCCAUUCUUCUUUCUAAAAUUGGACUUUCUGUUCACAUUGCAGACAAACUCAGUGGUCAUUUUCCUCGUCAAAACGAAUUGUUAAUAUUUACACCAAGAAGUUUACAACUCCUCCAACAACUCGGUCUAUUAACAGCCAUUAGUCAAAAAAGUGUUCGUCAUUACAAGUUUGAUGUCUAUCAUACCAAAGGCAGUGGCAGUCAGGCCACAACCCUAGAUCAACAAACAAUACGCCUUUGGGAAAAUGAUACAACUGACUUUAAUUACUGCUUCUCUUGUGAAAAGUCAAUUGUCCAUGCUAUCUUGAAAGAACAUCUUCAUCAACUCGGUAUUCAGAUUGAUUAUAAACAAGAAAUCAUGGACAUUGAUCAUCACAUCAAACACACACAUCAACGGUCUUUUUCUUCCCCUGAAUUAUACGCACCACUCACUUCUUCAUUAAUGGGAAGCCUGUACUAUCAAUACCGACCUCUGCCUAUACCAGAAGAUCAUCAGCCUCAAUUUAAAUCAAUUUUUACCAAAAACACAGACACACAAACCAUGAAAGUUUGGAAAUCCAAUGUCGUGAUUGGCGCAGACGGUCAAACAAGCUUUGUAAGACAAAAAUUAGGUAUACCAUUGAGAAAUAAUCAUGGCAGUACAAAGGCAACCAGGAUCUUCUAUACAUUACAAAUCAAUAUUAUUACAACCAACUUUCCUGGCGCAAAACACAUUUCAGUCAUAUGCAAGAAAAAGGACAUUUUGUACAUUAUUGGUCACCAACAUCAAUUCUUUGUUACAUUUGAGCAUAAACCAAGCUGGAGUAAAGUAUCGGUUGAUCAAGAAAUUCCUGUUCAAUUGGCUAUUGAGCAUAUACGUUCAGUGUUAGAACCUUACAAAGUCGAGUUUGGCAAGGUCAAGAACUAUACUCGAUGGAAUGGAGGAGAUCAAAGUGUGUCUGAAGAAUACAGCACAGAUGCUAGCUGUUUCUUGAUUGGAAGUGCAGCUCAGCUCAUUCACCCUCCUGGAAUGUUUGAUAUCAACAUGCACCUCACUCAAGUACAUAACCUAUGUUGGAAACUCGCUCUUCAUUUGAGCCAUCGUGCCUGCCCUCAACUGCUCCAGACGUUUGAGUCUGAAAUGCGACACAAGACUGAAGAAGUGAUGUAUGUGUCUACGCUGUUUAUGAACUUUAUUGGGGAUUAUUAUAAACUUCAGGAAGAAGGCGGGAUCCUCGGCUUAAAUUCCUCGCAUACACGAGAUUUGGUGUACCAAUUGGAGCGACUCAAAAGUUGCUUUGUAGGAGACACGCCAUUCUUGUCCAACAUGUUAAACCAUCAGGCUGUGGAACAAGAUCUACUUUCGUUAAACGAAGACGAUUUGAAUCAAAGUACAAGUUCAUUUGUGUUUAUGGCACCACCUCCAUCAACAACAGCACCCAUCGAAUUUCAGAAAUCUCAACCAGGCUGUUUGGCACCCAAUGCUAAAUUAAAGCCUUAUACUCUGUUUCAGUUAUUAUUUAUGACUUCGUCUCAAAACACAACAAACUCAAAGCUUAUUCUUUCACCCACUAUAUCAAGCAAAACAUUACCUAUACCACAAAAGCCAUUAUCACCACCACCACCACCAUCAUCAUCAUCAUCUCAGACAGAACUUGAAUUAGAAGAAUUGAAAAGAAAUCGAUCUAACUCGGCUACAACCGGUAAUCUAUCUUCUACUCUCUUAGCUGUAUUUCAGAAAAACCUAAAUUCUGGAUUAAAAAAGCGCAACAGUACACAAUCCACACCAUCAGCACCACCUGUGACACCGAUCAUUACUGCUUCAGCACUUAUUUCGCCUGAAAGAUGGAAAAGUAUCAAGACGAAUCAUCAUCAACUCUCAGAACGUAUUCAUCAACUCAACAAAGGUCUCACAUUUACACUCUUAAUCUUUUGUGGUCCACUUUUACAAGACUCCAUUGAACGAGUGCAAUCGUUUGUUCGAAGGUUUAAUUCGCCCUUGUCUUUUAUUCAUCGAUAUGAAUAUGACCAACUCUAUAACAACAAUCGACAUAGUGUAGGCGAUAAAUCCUUAUCUUCUAUAUCUACCUGCUCUUCUUCUUUUGAUUUUCGCAAGUCUUCAUUAGACACUCCCAGAACUUCAUUUGAUUCACAAUAUCAAUCACCAGAUAAUCAUUCAACAUCUCCUUUGUUUUCUAUGAUAUUUAUCACCAGUUCAUGUAAAAACGAAGCAACUCGCUACCUCAACAACACACCACCCGCCAUUGUUCAUUCAACAUUUCCUUGCGGUUUAGCUCAAGUCUUUAUCGAUCAUGAUCAACAGUGUUACAAGGCCUAUGAUAUCUCACAUCAUCAACCUGAAGUGGUCGUUGUUCGUCCUGACGGUUAUAUUGGCACACGCGUCACGAUUGACGAAGAUCAAGAUGCUAGCUUUGAACGUCUUUUGCAGCUGCUGUAG